AAAGUCACGAGAGCAUCUCUCAGAUAGAUAGAAGGUGGACUUUCUGAGCUUAUUUACGUCUUCCGCCGGGAGUUCCUGACAGCCUUCCUAGAGAGAACGAGCGGCGAUCUCAGUGUGUGCUGGUGAGCUGAAGAUUUAUAGACGAGAAGGACAGAGUCAGAGAGAACGCUGCGCUACUCCACCACCGAAAGACAUGGGAGCGGAGCAGUCGGUACCGGACGAUGUGGCCAGCAAAUUUGAGGCUGAUGAGAUUCGCAGGCUAAGCCACAGCUUCAACAAGCUGGACCUGAACAAGAAUGGGUCUCUGUCGGUGGACGAGUUUCUCAGCAUCCCUGAGCUGCAGCAGAACCCUCUCGUUAGGAGAGUCAUUGAUAUCCUGGACACUGACAGAAACGGAGAGGUGGAUUUUCAAGAGUUCAUUCAGGGAGUGUCACAGUUCAGCGUGAAGGGAGAAAAGGAAAAGAAACUUAGAUUUGCAUUCAGGAUAUACGACAUUAACCAGGACGGCUUCAUCAGCAACGGGGAGCUGUUCCAGGUCCUCAAGACCAUGGUGGGCAACAAUCUCACCGAGAAGCAGCUGCAGGAAAUAGUGGACAAGACCAUCCUCUACGCAGACAAGGACGGUGACGGCAAGAUCUCAUUUCAGGAAUUCUGCGAUGUGGUGGGAAAUAUGGACGUGCCGUCAAAGAUGUUUGUCGAGAUUCGGCCGGUCCCUCCCUCUCCUCCCUCUGCAUCACCGGGGACACCCUAAAAUCAUUACCACCAAUUAUUAUUUUUUUCACUAUUUCACUCAUCCACUAUGUUAUAUAUACAAAUAGUGUCCCAUACGUUGUAAAUAGUGUGCACAAUUGACAAUGAAACUGUAAAUCAUGCUU